AUGUCGCAAUUUCCAGGUGGGCAUACCCCUCCUGAAGGUUCUUAUCCACCACAAGCUUAUCCACCACAAGGGCAAUAUGGACAACAAGGUUACUAUCAAGCUACAGAAGGAGAUUCUCAGCCCUUGACAGGUAGUGGUGUGACUUUCGCUGAGUCUGACCGUACUUCAAAACAUUAUGGUAGAGCCCCACUGCGUCAACCACGUCGCUACAAAACUACAAAACGCGUAGAAUUAUAUCAAGGGAACUUAGUAUUAGAUUGUCCUGUACCUACAAAAUUUUUGCAGAUG